UGCACACGGUACCGAGCGCAAUGCGACACUUGAGUUCGUAUUUUGAAUUUUAUUUUUAAAUUUUCGAAAUAGGAUUUUGUUUUUUGUUUUCUUUUUAAAAAUGUGAAAGUGACGAAGGAGUUUGUGAAAUGAGUACCUACUUCCCGUAUAGGCGGCCGUCGAAACUGAACGAGUAUGGCCUGAAGAGGGUGCCGGACUACACAGAGCUGGCGUACAAGGAGGCUGUGUCCAAGUUGAGAUACUUCUUGUCGGGGAACUAUGCUCCAAGCGUACGCAGCUAUGGCGGGUCCCCCUCCAUCAAGAACCUGGACGAGUCGGACGGGGAUCUGGACAAGAAGUACUCCUCGCCAUACCACGCCUUGGCCGAGUACAAGCCACGCCCACGCCUCACUGCCAAGUACGCCACGCUGUAUGCCGACAGUCUGCACAACUAUACGCCGCAGCAUCACACCACUACUGUACCAGCACCAACAACGGGGUCUGGAGGCGGGGACCUGUCAGGCGGCACCAACCCCGACGUGGUGAACUUCAUCCAGAAGCAGGAGGAGUACAUAGAGCAGCUGGAGCGCGAGAGCCAAUACUGCAGGGAUGAGCUGAACAACCUCCUUGGGAAGGUGAAGGAAGUGAUAUCGGAGAACGAACAUCUACACGAGGCUCAGAAGAACAAGCUGAUUUCCCGAAUGUUCCACUCCUACAACGCUGGCUCCGAGACCGAUGAGCUGGACGAUAUUGGAGAUAGCACUGGCCUGGACAGCGACCAUAAGCUGUCACCAUCCAAAGGCCGCAGGUCGGCCAAGGUCCGGUCCACCAAAUUGGAAGGCCCUAACAUAGUCUUCGAGUCCCGCAUAGCUGAGCUGGAAGCCCAGCUCACACAGGCCAAGAUCGACCUUAAGAAAGUGCAGGAAGAAAAUAAUGAGAAUAAACGCAAACUAGCCUCUGGGCUUGUUGACUCAACGUGUCUCGACGGUUUCAAAAGGCAAAUUGAUAAUUUGCAGAGGGACAAAUCCUCUCUAGAAGCGCAAAUAUCGAAGCUGAAGUUGAGCCUGGAGCAGAAGGACGGUGACCUGGACGGACGAUACAAGCGAGGGUCCGACGCCGUGGAGCAGCAGCUCAGAGAUGAGAGGAACAACCUGGAGGCUGAGAUACGCAGGCUCAAGGACGAUUUGAAUAAAGAACGCAACAAAGUUCGCGAAAUGGCCGGCGAGGGAGCGCGUCGAGCUAUCCAAGAGAGGAGCGCGGCGGAACAGCGAUACAACGCGCACUUUGACGAGCUGCAACACGAUUUGGCUGCGCAAUACGAUAACGUGGCUAAGUUGCAGCUCGACUUGGAGCGCCAACGUCGCGAAGAAAACGACUUGAAGCGAGAGCUGUCCAUGAAGAACUCUGCCAUCGACGAGCUAAAGAUGGAGUUAAAGAACAAAACAUCAUCUCUGCAAGCAGACCUGGCUCAAGCCCAUGCUGAAAAGGCGUCCUUAGACGAGGAGCUGGCCAGCGCCCGGUUGGCCAUUGAGCGUCACCAGCGUCAGAACAAGCAUGAGACUAACCGCUUGAACUCUGAGGUGAGGACUCUUAUCUCACUGAUCUGGGGGCAGGGCGUGGCGACGCGUGCGCAACUAGGCCCCGCGGGGUGCGAGGGGCGCGGAAUCGAAGGGACAGUACACGUAAAACUAGGCAGGAUGCUUGUGGUACACUGUACUACUGAAGAGCGAUUUUGUGAUGAAGACUUCAUCGCUAAAGUCAGUAAACAGGAGCUGAAGCCUCCGGCUCUGCAGUUUGUGAAAAAGCGCCAGAACAGUAUUAUUCAUAUCGCCUACGAGUUGUGUAGAGCCAGCUAG